UUCUUAGGGUCCCGAACCUUCCCGGUACAUUCUCUUGCGAGACGCAGAAUUGAAAGGUUGGAAGGCAAUGCCGCCUCUGAGACUGAGACUUUAUAAUCCCCAAUUCUCUGGCAUCCCAAACAAAACCUAGCUUCGAACAUGGCUCGACCCAUGAGCUCAGCCACCCGCUCACUGCCCUCAGCCACCACAACCCUAACCCUAGAGCGACCCUCUCAAUCUCCUUCUCCCCAACAGCCUCACCCUCGAGAAACCCUAGUUCUUAAACUUAAUCGGAAGAAGAAGAAGAAGGUCACCUGGAAGGAAGGCACCGUUGACAACGAGUUCCUCCAGAGGAAGAGCUCCAAAAAGUGCUGCAUUUUCCACAAGCAGAAGCCCUUCGAUGAGGAUGACAGCGACGACGACGGCGAUCACGAUCACAGAACCGGCGACCCCGAUCGGUCCGAGAAGGCGGCUCACGGCCACAAUCACGGUUGCUGCUCAGAGAACGGCGGUGGAGAGGGCACGAGCGAUUGUUGUUGAUUGGAUCGGUUGUUGGCAAUGACAUCUACUCGUGAUAAAGACUCUGGGCACAGUACAACAGUAAAGUAACAAAAUUCUUGCCCCACCUACAUAUUAAACAUCUUUGUGGGGAUGGCUCACUGACUUGGGAACUGCAUAAAGGAAUUCAGCUGGCAUAGAUAGGAGCCAUGGAAAUAGUGCAACUGAUUUGCUAUUUUUUUUAGCCCCGAUUGUUGUAAACUUUGUUUCUAUCCCUACACCGACUGGUGAGCCUCGACUCAGUCGUAUGAGAAUCACAUUCAAACUUGGAAGUCAAGAGGUUCGUUCUCUCCAAGCAUGGACGUAAGACUGUACAUAUUGAUCUCCUUAGACCUCCGAAAGCAUAGGGGUUGUGUGCACUUGAUGUUGUAUAUGUACAAACGCAUGUUUUUUAUUUCCUAUGCUUGGAGGGGUGUUUCAAACCUAAGCCAUGUAUGUCAUUUAAAUUUUUUUUUUUUGAGAUCGAACAAUUAUUAUUUUGGAAUGAAACUGAAGCCUUUGGCAUUCUUUUAGUCUUA